CGGACACAACAGAGCUCAGUAAUAUAUAGGCCUACCUGUAUUCGCAUCACAUGAUUUACAUAGCAGUGCAGGGAUCAUAUCGUAACGAUUGCUAGCUAAAAAGUUACUUCUUUGUGGUAAAAGUAGGCUAUCCAGUUUAUUAGUCUUAUCAACAAGCAAAAUCAAAGAAACCGUAGCAUCAAUCUGAGCAGGCAACGCCGAAAAUCUUAUUUAAAUGUGAUUUAUGGCUAUGGUUAUCAGGAUGAAGGGAACUUGUUUUUUAUUAUUGCUCGCAGUACAUUUAAUUCACUCCACUAUUGGCCUUAUUUGUUACACAUGUAAUGAUGCUGGAAAUAAUGAAGCAUGUAACGCUGCAGGAACACAAACUUGUAGUAGCCCCAGCGACGUAUGCAGUAAUGUUAUCCGAGAUGAAAAUGGUUUACAUAGAGUGACAAAAUUGUGUGAACAGGGCAAUUCAUGCGAGACCCAGCAAAACCAAAAUGAUGGCCAAUGUCAUCCGUCUGUAAGUCCGUCAGUAUGUAGAUACUGUUGCUCUACCGAUAUGUGUAAUCUUAAUGAAGACCCAUCUGUGGUGACAUCCGUUGAAAUAGAGACUACAGUGGAAGUUUCCAGUUUGGUAAGAGAUGCUAGAGAAGAGACGAAUUGUUUUCGUUCAAAACUGAUGGUUCAUAAGGAAAACGCUCCAUCGGAAAUACGCGUGAUACAUCUUGUCCAUACACAGUCUGCCAUCCGAUGCGUGAUGCAUUGCAUGAUGGAGCCCGUGUGUAUAUCGGUGAAGUUUGAUGGUAAGAAUACAUGUUACCUGAACGGAAUCAGUGAAGAUACUGAAGAAGAUAUCUUCACCACAGAUUCUAACAUGGUCUACUAUGAAACCAGUCAACAGUACAAGAUCAGUAUCCAUGGUCAUAUUGGGUGCAAAGAUAACCAGGAAGUUGGAUACUCAUGCCAAGAUGAAUACGUGUGUUGUAAUAUUGUGGAAAACGUUAACGACUACCAAUCAUGCGAAAAUCUCAUUUGCAGUGAAUACAUCACAGGAUUAGUUUAUGAAUACCGCUUUGACAAUCCAAGACUUCUAGUCGGAACAUCAAGUAUCGAGUUCAGUGUCGCUGCCUACCACGAUGUUCAUAUUUGUCUGUCGUCAAUGCCAGAGGUUAUGAAUCCUAUGUAUGAAAUUGUUAUAGGAGGCAACACAAAUACGGUCUCUUAUAUCCGUCGUUGUGCACAGUGCAACAGCGAAACCAGCACCACCAACACUGUUGUCUCUCCCUAUGUUUUUACGAAGUUUUGGAUAUCGUUUGAUAAUGGUUUGAUAAGAGUUGGUAUUAAUGGUGAGGAUGCUUUCAUGACGUUUCAGGACCAAGAUCCACUCGAUGUAUACUAUAUUGGUUUUUCUACGGGAUUUGGAAGUGGAGGUCUUUUUCGAUUUUGUCAUUGAAUGAAGUCUAAGAAUCGGACUUGCACAUUGCACUGCAAUUUUCAUUUACGACCGCGACGCAUGCGACGAGGCUCCUUAAAAGUUAUGAUAAAAUUGAUGAAAAUAUAAAAAGAUUAAAUUGAUAAAAUCGAUAAAACAAUAAAAAUGUUCAAAUUAAAAUAACUGAUAAAAGCAUCAAUGGAAUAUUAAAACAAAUUGAAAUAUCGAGAUCAAUAUAAUACCGUACGGUA